GCCCCAGACAGAUCCGGUACACCGCUGCAUCGGUCUUCAGCACCAGCAUCCGGCCGCUCCUCUCGUUCCGCACAAUGGGCUCUGCCUCAACCUGUGUCCUUCCCGAUUCUGCCUUCGCCGCCCUUCAAAGCAUAUACCAGGACAAGCUCGGCGACAAGAUCAAGGCCCUCGAAAGCUCCCUCGAACAGGCCGUCCCUGCACACCACGCUCUUGUCGUCAGACUCGACGGAUGCGGCUUCAGCAAGUUCACCCGGGGGCUCGUCAAGCCCUACGACCAGCGUCUGACCGACGUCAUGGUCCAGACCUCCAAAGAUAUGAUUUCAAAAUUCAAUUGCUCCCUGGUCUACACCCAGUCGGAUGAGAUCUCGCUGGUCUUUCCCGCAGUCAUGCCCGUGCCUGGAGUGCGUCUGUCCGCCGAGCCCUCUGAGUACAGCACAACCGACGGCCCAGUCCCAGCCCCAGCCCCAGUCAAGCGACCUUUGCAGCAAUCGGAAUCCAUCGCCCAGAGCCCCGAUCCGACACCGUCUCACGGUCAAUCCGCACGGAAGCGCUUUGCCGAAGACGACGGCGUGGUGCGGACGCACAUCUACAACGGCCGGGUCUCCAAGAUCUGCACCGUCGUUGCGAGCUACUGCUCCGUGCGAUUCAACUUCCACCUCUCGCAGUUCGACUGGAGCGACCUCGAUGCCGCAGUGCAGCGCCGCAUCAAGAGCCACGUUGCCUAUUUUGAUGGCCGCAUCGUUCCGUGUCCAGACGAUCGGGCCGUGAUGGAGGCGAUCUUUUGGCGAUCCAACUUUGAUGGCUUCCGAAACGCCGUCUCGCACGUCUCGCACUUCCACUUCCACCAUCGAGAGAUCCAAAACAAAUCCGUCGUUGAGCAGCUGCGGAUGCUUCAGAGCCAGAAGGACGUCAGUCUGUUUCGCGACUUUUCGACGCAGUAUUUGUUUGGUACCUGGAUCAAGAAAGAAAAGUAUCCCGUCUUCGGAUUCGUCAAUCCCAAGACCCAGACACCUGUGCCGGGUCCUGUCUGGCGCAACCGCGUGCGCACCGGCUCGUUCAACUGGGCAGACUGGAGCGAAGCCGAUCGCACGAUGUUUUGUCUCGCGCAGUACUGGACGGACGAACCGUCGAUGCCGCCCAAGAAUCCCCUCGCCGAGAACGGCUCGGCAGAGCUUGCUGACUCGGCUGGGGAGACGGUGUAGCAAGCCGCGCUUGCCAUGGCCGAUUUAUUAAAAUAUAUCUCGACAAUGCCGGGUGCUGCUAGCCAUCCAAAAUGCCGACGCACAUGCUCUCGAGCCGCGUCCGGGCCGAUGGAGGAUGGGGCAUCGCCUUGAAUGUCGAGGUGCCGUCCUUGCCUGUGCAAAUGAACAGAGCGAGUAAUGUUGAGGAUGCGGUUGAUCCUCGCGGUGGUAUAUACCUAGUCGAUCUUUCUCAUUUGCUCAAUAUAUCAGAGACCCAAGGGAUCAAUAGCGACAA